UGCACAUCCAUUCUUUGAUGGACUUGAAGAAAAAACUAACAAUGUUUGAGUUGUGGAGAGGUUCUCACACAACUUUUCUCCUUCAAUAUACAGACACAUGCCCAGCUUAUCCAACUGAAGUGGUUUUUGCCUUGGAUAUGUCUGAUGAUGUUACACCAGCUGCAUUUGAAAGAAUGAGAAACAUUGUUAUGUCAUUGCUGAAGACCAUUAAGAUCAGUGAAAGCAAUUGCCCAACUGGCGCUCGUGUCUCUGUUGUUUCUUUCAAUACCAACAUGCACUACCUCAUCCGAUUCUCUGAAUUCCAAAAAACCAACUUUCUGCUACAAGCAGUCCAGAGAAUCCCACUAGAGAUAUCCAGUGGAAAACGAAAUAUUGGGGCGGCUAUGAGAUUUGUUGCAAGAAAUGUCUUCAAACGUGUCCGUCAGGGCAUCCUCACAAGAAAAGUUGCCCUAUUUUUUGCCAAUGGUCCAUCGCAGGAUGAUGUUGCCAUCAGCACAGCUGUGCUUGAGUUGAGUGCCUUGGACAUCACUCCAGUGGUUAUUGCCUUCAGUGAAGUGCCAAAUGUCAGACGUGCCUUCUCUAUUGAUGACACGAGAAGAUUUCAAUUAUUUGUUUGGGAAAGCCAACAAGAUGAAAAUUUGGAGGGCAUCACAUAUUGUACACUUUGCUUUGAUAAAUGCAAUCCAAGAACCAACUGUGAGGUGCCUUUUUCUCCCCUGGUUCAGAUGGAUAUGGAUAUAACUUACAUCAUGGAGAGCUCUCGCAGCAUUAGCAGUGAAGAGUUUCAGAGAGCCAAAGACUUUGUGAGCAACAUGUUGGAUCAGUUUGUCGUUUCCUCACAGCCAAAUGAAUCAUACGGAGGCAUCAGAGUGGCACUGGUGCAGCAAGCUCCCAGGGGCUUCCUGCCUGGCAGAAACCAGACACCUGUGGCCUUGGAGUUUGACCUAGUCACAUACAGCAAUAAAGAUUUGAUGAAGAAACACAUCCAAGAUUCUGUUCACCAGCUGGAGGGGCCAUCAGCCAUUGCUUCUGCUCUACAGUGGACAGUCGAGAAUGUGUUCUUUAAAGCCCCCAGACAAAGGAAACACAGGGUCAUAUUUACAAUAGUCGGAAGCAAAACAAGCACAUGGGACAGAGAAAGGCUGAGAGAGAUUUCACUCGGAGCCAAGUGCCAAGGAUUCACCUUGUUCACUCUUGCACUUGGCAGCGAUGUGAGUGACUAUCAGCUGAUGGAGCUGUCAAGCUCCCCCACAGACCAACACUCACUGACACUGGGCAGGGUUUCCACACCAGAGAUGGCAUAUGCUCAGAGGUUUAGCCGGGCAUUCCUGAAUCUUCUACAACAAAAAACGAACAGUUAUCCUUCUCCUGAACUUCAAGAAGAGUGUGAAAACUUGGAUCGCGGAGACAUACAACAGGAAGCAUCCAUGACUGAAAGGAUACCUUUUCCUGGAAUGGCUGAAAGUGGUUCCCAUCAAAUUUUAGAAGACAUUGAAAAAAAUGAAAGUAGAGUCAUGAAGAGUAGGAAAGAGAACACCAAAGAACCUGUAUAUACAACGCCAGAAAUGAGAGAUGAUUAUGAGGAGAAUGAAUAUUUCACAGAGGAAAAUGGUAAAAGAGAAAAGCUUCAAGAGUGUGGAAAAGCUCAGAAGAACAAGAAAAACUUAGAGACAACAGUAGAAACUAGAGGUGCCUGUAAUGAUUAUGAUGCAUGUGACCUUGUUCAAGAUAGUGGAGAAUGUCAGAAUUACAUUUUGAAGUGGUACUACGACAAAGAGCAGAAAAUAUGUGGUCAGUUCUGGUAUGGGGGCUGUGGAGGCAAUAAAAAUAGAUUUGAAACACAAGAAGAAUGUGGAUUCUUGUGUAUAAAGUCUUCCUAGUGCAGAGACACUUAAAUUGCUUUAAUUCUUCAAUUAGACUGUCAGAUUGAUGUAGAGAAAGCAUUCAAAGAGGAAGCUGUACCUACCACUCGACUCCCAUAUUUUAGUUGAAAGAAAUACUUGAUUAUAAAGUUAUUAUCUGGUAAUGUAAUUGUGAGGAUAGAAUUUAGACUAUUUCUCCAUCGAUCUAACAUGUUGAGUAUUGAGAAACUCUUGUUAGCCAAUGGUGCAUUGUUUAAAAGGCAUGAAAGUAUUGAAACUUGAUUUUCUCCCAUAAAUACAAAAAUGUGCACUUUCUGAAUGUACUGCAUAAAACAAAGCAGUGCCUCAGAAAUUUACAUGAAAAAAUAUCAGAUGCAAGACACUGACAUAAAAAUUAUUUUGUUUUUGCUUACAUUUAUCCUGCUUAUAGAAAAUACCAGAAAACAUUUAGAUCUCAAAUGACAGAAUUCCUAGAACUUAAUUCACUUGAAGGAUUUAAAAGGUUCAUUACCAUAGCAUCAUUCUUGGCUUCUUCUUCUUCUUUUUUUUCUGAAUAAUCCAACAUGUGAAUAAAAUCAAUCAUUCUCAAAUAUUUUAUUUCUGCUGUUAGUUUUUGAAACCGGUAUAAGCAUAUUCUCAUGGUGUGGCUUCCCACUGGUAAAUAAGCAUUGGUCCUCUUUCCUUGUUACUAGAUGUUAGACAAAUGCUUUAAUUCUAGAAUAUUAGAUUUUCAUGGUUGUUCUUGAGUGAAAGAAAAAAUCCUGAAGACAUCUGAUUGAAGAGAGUAAAUUCAGUGCCCUGAAGAAGGAUAGGACUUAGCUCAACUUUCAUACUCUGAUGACUUACCCAAAUUCUAUUGUUGCCCAUUUUAUGGCUGUGCAUUUAACUGUCACCAUAGGCCAUUCUGCUGAGGUGGCUGUACCUAUCUAGCAUUUUGUUCUUCUCUGGAUUCACUUACAAGAUACAACAAUAGAUCUAGCAGAUUCUUUCCGUAUGCUCCCUUGAU